GGUUUUGAUGUUUGCCCACCAAGCAAAUAUCGUUUGCCCACCGGUGAAUGUAAUAACGUGUCACAUCGUAAAUGGGGUGCACGUGGUGAUAUUUUCAUGCGCCUUUUGGCCGCUGAUUAUGCUGAUGGUGUUAGUCGUCCACGUACCUCCCAUGGUAGACACGCCUUGCCUGAAGCUGAAUUUGUCAUUGAACAAUUGCAAAAACAUAUCGAUGGUGAAUUGAGACAUCCACAUAUCACUGCCAUGUUACCAGCCUGGGGUCAAUUGUUGGCCAAUGAUUUGUACGAAGUUAGUCAAUUGCCUAUUGAUGGUAAAUGUUGUCACUCGGGUUUGGAACGUAAUCCUCAUGAAAUUGAACAAUGUUAUGUAAGAUCUGGUGAAGAUUGUAAGGAAUAUAGACGUUCGGCGCCUGGUUAUGAUGCUGAGACAUGUAAUAGACAUCAACGUGAACAAAUGAACGUGGCCUCGGCCUAUAUUGAUGCCAGCGGCCUUUAUGGUUCCACCAUGCAGGAGUUCCAUGAUAUCCGUACCUUCAUCAGCGGUGGUGUUAAAGUUGAAUCUUGCAAAUAUUGCCGUGUCCCCGGUGCCACUGGUGCUUUGCAUCGUGCCUUGUUACAAGAACACAAUAAAAUCGCCGAAGAAUUGGCCCAUUUGAAUACCGAUUGGUCUGAGGAAGAUGUCUUCUUAGAAGCCAGACGUAUUAUUAUUGCUCAAAUCCAACAUAUUACCUAUAAUGAAUUUUUGCCCUUGGUUUUGGGUCAGGAAACUACAGCUAAGGAAGGUUUGAGACUUGCUGCCGAAAAACACUCCACCAACUAUUCCAGCACCAACCGUGGAGGUAUUUACAAUGAAUUUGCCACCAGCGCCAUGCCUGCUUUCCUCACCAUGUACCCACCAGAAAUGCUCUCCAACACCAUGUCCGCCACUCAAUUACUUUCCGUACAGGCCCUACAAAAAUCUCUCCUGCCCUCAACAGUCAACCAAGAAGGUUGGAGUGAAUUGGCCUUGGCUCUGCAUCGUGCCCGUGAUCAUGGUAUUCCACCCUAUGUCCAAGCCCUGGAUUUGUGUGAAAAACGCUUCGAUGAUAAUGCCAACAUCACCUUCGAAAAUCUUUCGAAAUAUUCAACCAUUCCCGAGGAAUAUAUUACCAAUUUGAGGGAUAUCUAUCAAACGGCUAAUGAUAUUGAUUUACUCACCGGUGCUUUGUUGGAAGAUCCUGCUGUGGGUUCAUUGUUUGGUCCCACCAUUACCUGUCUGCUCUCCUUGCAAUUUGAACAUUUGAAAAAGACCGAUCGUUUCUGGUAUGAAAAUGAUAUUCCACCAUCCUCAUUCACCCUGGAACAGUUGAAGGCUAUUCGUCAGACCACUUUGUCUGGAUUGUUGUGUGCCUCAAAUCAGGUGUCAGAGGCCCAGUCGAAGGCUUUUAUUGCCCAGGAUAAUUUCUUGAACACCCUUUUGAGCUGUGAUCAAAUUGCCAAAUUCGAUUUACGCCCAUGGCAAUCGAAUGCCGAUGAAGUCGAAUCCAUUGAACAUGUUGAGGUGGAACCCGAGGUUAAGGAGGUUAUUAGUGAAUUGAGCCCUGAUCUCUUGGAAGCUGCCGUGGAAAGGGCCAAAAUCGAAUUGGAAGAACGUAAACGUUUCGAAUAUGAAUCCUGGUUGGCACAGGGUGGCAUUAGUGCCAAGAGCCCUGAUGGUGUUGCCGCCUCCUUCAGCAAAGCCAAUCGCCAAGCCUUAUUGUUGGCCAACUCCUCUCUGAUCUAUGAAUUGGCUUCGAAUGAAAUUGUCAACACCUUGAAUUCCAUUAAUCGUCGUAAACGUCAGAUCUUCGAUUCCAGCUUGAGCAAUUUCAAUCGCAAUGACCUCACUGAGACUUUGUCCACCAUUGAUAUUACCAGCUUUUUGCCCACCACCCAUCAGGCCACCAAGGAAUGUGAUGAUCCCGCCGUUGCCUGUGACACCACCUCACCAUUCCGUAGCAUGACCGGUUAUUGUAACAAUUUGCGUAACCCUAGCUGGGGUAAAGCUUUGACCACCUUCUCCCGUCUGCUGCCUGCCCAGUAUGAUGAUGGUGUUUCCAAACCAAGAUUGCUUGCUGUUACUGGUGCUCCAUUGCCCAAUCCUCGUACUGUGUCAACAGUUAUCCAUCCUGACAUUUCCAAUUUGCACACCCGCUAUUCGCUCAUGACUAUGCAGUUCGCCCAAUUCAUCGAUCACGAUUUGACCAUGACACCCAUUCACAAAGGUUUCCACGAAUCCAUUCCCAGCUGCCGCAGAUGCAACUCCCCUCAGACAGUGCAUCCUGAAUGUAAUCCUUUCCCAGUACCACCCGGUGAUUACUACUAUCCCGAAGUGAAUGUCACGAGUGGCGAACGUCUGUGCUUCCCCUCGAUGAGAUCUUUGCCCGGCCAAUUGACUUUGGGUCCUCGUGAUCAAAUCAAUCAAAAUACCCAUUUCUUGGAUGCCUCUAUGAUCUAUGGUGAAAAUCCCUGUGUGGCCAAUCGCUUGCGUGGUUUCUCCGGUCGUCUGAACUCCACCAUCCAUCCCAUCCGUGGCAAGGAAUUGUUGCCUCAAACUAAUGUCCAUCCUGAAUGUAAAUCUCGCAAUCGUUUGUGCUUCGAUGCCGGUGAUGAUCGUGCCUCCGAACAGCCAGGUUUGACUGCCAUCCACACGAUAUUCUUGCGUGAACACAAUCGCAUCGUAGAAGGUUUGCGUGGUGUCAAUCCUCACUGGAAUGGUGAUCAGUUGUUCCAACAUGCCCGUCGUAUUGUCAGUGCCCAGGUGCAGCAUAUUACCUUCAAUGAAUUCUUGCCACGUAUCUUGAGUUGGAAUGCCGUCAAUUUGUACGGUUUGAAAUUGUUGCCCCAAGGAUACUACAAGGACUACAAUCCAUCAUGCUCCCCAAUUAUUUUCAAUGAAUUUGCUGCUGCUGCCUUCCGUAUUGGUCACUCUCUACUCAGACCUCACAUUCCUCGUUUGAGUCCUCAACAUCAACCCGUUGAUCCACCAAUUCUAUUGCGUGAUGGCUUCUUCAAAAUGGAUGCUCUUUUACAGCCUGGUAUUAUUGAUGAAAUUAUGCGUGGUUUGGUUGCCACUCCCAUGGAAACUUUGGAUCAAUUUAUUACCGGUGAGGUUACCAAUCAUUUGUUCGAGGAUCGCAAGAUUCCCUUCUCUGGUGUCGAUUUGAUUGCCUUGAAUAUUCAAAGAGGUCGCGACCACGGUCUACCAUCGUACAACAACUAUCGUGCUUUGUGUAAUCUGAAACGUGCCACCACCUGGAAUGAUCUGAGCCGUGAAAUCCCCGCUGAAGUUAUUGCCCGUUUCAAGAAAAUCUAUCCCACUGUCGAUGAUAUUGAUCUAUUCCCUGGUGCCAUGACUGAGAGACCAUUGCAGGGAGGUUUGGUUGGCCCCACCUUGGCCUGUAUUAUUGGUAUUCAAUUCAGACAGUUGAGAAAGUGUGAUCGUUUCUGGUAG